AUGGAUUCCGGUGUGCAACGCAUCUCUGCGGGCCCAGCCAUGCCUCGCAAAGACAUCAAGAAGAAGAAAAAGAAGCGCAACACCAACCUUGUGCGCCCCGGCCACGCCAGGGCAGAGCCAGCGGAGGAGGAGCACGAGGGGCGCACGCCGCCGCGCUCGCGAUCGCCAGCACCGCACAAGUCCGUGUUCGAUACGGCCGCGCAGGAGGAAGCAAAGCAGCAGCAGCAGCAGCAGCAGCAGCAGCAGCAACAGAAGGAAGAGGACGAUGCACGUGUGGCUGAAGCGAGAAAGAAGGAGCAGGAACAGGCAGAACGCAGGCGACAACAACAACACCAACAACAACAGCAGCAGCAGCAGCAGCAGCAGCGCGAACUUGAGAGAAGGAAGCACGAGGAGCAAAUGCGACGCAAACGCCAGCAGCAGCAACAGCAGCAGCAACAGCAGCAGCAACAACAGGAGGCGAAAGCAAAAGAGGAGAAGCCAGGGUUCUUCUCGCGCAUCUUUGGCGGCGGCGGCAAAAAGUCGCCAGCAUCCAAGCGGAAACCAACACCACCAACGCCGCCAACUGCACGGCAGAAUGCACCAGUGAACGGUCGCGCGCGUUCACCAGGGCCGGGCCACGCCCCCCGCACAGCACCGCCAUCGUCAUCGUCGCCGCGAGCAACCCCACCCCCUCGUGAUGCAGCAGCAGCAGCAGCACAACACCACCAGCAGCAGCAACGGCCAGGGGCUGAGGGGAAGGUGGGCAGCGAGCCUGUGCUGAAGAACGUUAGUGCACACUCGCGCACCCUCGCAGGUGGCAGCAACGACAAGCGCGUGCCAUCACCAUCGCCAUCAUCAUCAUCGCAGCGACAGAGAGAGCGGGAGGCGCGGAAGCAGCCGGGAACGGCAGACACGCGUGGGGAGACAAGUGGCAUGCAUGAUGGUCAAACCACCACCGCCACCGCCACCACCUCCAGCAAGGCGAGGGAGGAGGAGCGGGUAUCGCCAUCUCCACGACCGGUCUCGUCGUCGUCGUCGUCGGGGGCGCUGCCAGCCAACCUGUUCACCGCCACCGCAGCAGCAACCGCAGCAUACAACGACAGCAAGCAGGACGCAGCCGCUGGCGAUACCGACACCGAGCACCACGCAGCAUCAGCAGCUGCGCAGGAUGGGAAGGUGAAGACGAAGGAGAAGGAGGAGAGGAGCAUGAACGAGGACAAGAAGGGCGAAGGAGACGAAGGUGCUGAGGAGCCAAUUGCGAAACAGAGCAUGGCCAUCAUCUCAAAGGCACAAGAUGAGCUCACGGAGCUUGAAGCAAAGGAGGAAGCAAUCGCAGCACACAUCCAACAGAUUCUCCGUGAAGCGCGGGAGGAGCGGGCGGAGAUUUCUUCCGCAACAGCACGCAUCAAGCAGCUUGAGCAGGAACUGGAGACGGCGAUUGAGACAGAGGACUACGCUGCGGCCGAGGAGAAAGAAGAGGAGAUUGCGUGCCUGCAGGCAAAGGUGUCUGGCGCGAGCGAUCUGAGUGAAGCGCUGCGGGCCGCUGUCGCCGGCAUUGCAUCCCAGUUGCAGCAGCAGGAGACAAUUGUGCUGCACAAGGCAGAGAUCCAGACGGACAUGGCGGGAAAGCUUGAUUCGCGGCUGCAGCAGCAAGUCGACGAGCUCAAGGCAUACAGGAGCGAACUGCAGCACACCACGCGCACAGAGCGGGCACGCAUCCAACAGGAGGAGUCCAAGCUGCGAAGGCAACGUGAGCACCUGCGCCUGGACCAAGAACACGUGCAAGAGGAGGAGGAGAAGCUCCGUGAACGUUCCAUCGAACGCACGGCCGAAUUCCAGGAAACAAAACGCAGUCUCGUUGCCGAACGGGAUUCUGUCCGCAAAUCAAUUGCAGAUCUCGAGCGGCAGCUCAAGGACCUGCGGGCGACAGAGGAACGGCUGACGCGCAGCAUCGCAAAGGAGGACGAACACAUUGCACUCGCAGAGCAAGACCUUGAGGCGGAGAAGGAUGCCGUGUCGAGCGAGCGGGCGCGCAUUGACGAGGAGGAGGAGCGGCUGCAGGAGCAGGAGUCCGUCCUCACACAAGCAAAGGAGGACCUCGACAACAGCACUGCGUCUGCGCGGGUGCAGGUUGAGCGGCUUGACGAGGCCGUGCUGGAAGUGCAGUCGCGCGUGGAGGAAUCCCGUCGCUCCCUCGCCCGCCUCGAGAGGCACGCCGCCAAGGUUGCGUCAGCGCUGGAUGCGAGCGAGGGCGGCAGCCGCCUGGCCACCAUUGUGGACGCGCACACGUCCGCGACGGCAGAGGUGGAGGCCAUGAAGAAGCAGCUUGAGGAUAAACGCGCAGCAAUCCAGUCAACCACCAAACAGGCGCUUGACGAGGCGUCGCGCGUGUCGCAACUGCGCAAACAGCUUGAGGACACGCAGCAGGAGCUGCCGUCCCUCAACGAGGCAAAGAAGCUCGCAGCCUCAAGCAGAAACUUCAAGGAGGCGCGGCGCCUUGCUGCGGAGGUGCAGGAGCUGACGGGCAAAGUCGAGGCCCUCACCAUCGACAUCAAGGAGUGCGAGGCAACAAAGCAGCAGCUCAAUGCGGACCUGGAGACAAUGAAUGCGGAGUGUGAAGCGCUGGAGAAGGACGUGCGCGCGGCAGAGGAGGAAGCAGACGAAAAGCUGAUGGCGCAAUUGACAGAUCUCUACCGCACGCUCUUCGUGGAGAAACGGCGGGCAAUCAGGCGGAGCGAGCCCGGCCAGUUCCUCCUCAUCGCCGACUUUGAGGCGACGGAGUUUUUGCUGAGUCAGCUCUCAUCCAAGCACGACAAGGACCUGCCGUCCCCACCAAGCACGCCCGAGACGGAGGACGAGGCGUCGGAUGAGGAAGACGAUUUCGCGCGGGCGGGAGACGGGCAGGCCGUGGUGUCCACUCCACUCAUCAGCUUUGAUGAACUUAUCGCUGACGACACGGAGGGGCAGGCCAGUGCCGUGGCAGCAAACGCAUUUGGCAUCUCGGAGGACUUGCUCGGCGCGUUUGGCGUGCAGGCAGACACGGAGGCCGAGAACAGCACUGGCUCGGGUGCCGAUGAGGCAGAUGGCAGGGACGAAGGAGGGAAGGACGAAGAAGAGACAGAAGGAGGAAGCGGUGUUGAUGAGGAGGAAGACCAGCAGAAGAAAGAAGAGGAAGAGGAAGAAGGGGAGGAGGAAAUGAGCGGCGCAGCUUCUAACGGCAGUGAUGGAUCGCUGGCCGCAAGUGGUGACGAAGAUUUGGCGGAGGACAGAGAGGGCGAGCGCGAUGUGGACGCGGACGCGGAUAGUGAACAUGCAGGCGACAACGACGACAACGAAGAAGAAGAAGAAGAAGAAGAAGAAGAAGAAGAAGAAGAAGAAGAAGAAGAAGAAGCAGAACAAGAAGAAGAAGAAGAAGAAGAAGAAGAAGAAGAAGAAGAAGACGGGCGUGUCGAGCAGGAACACAGCGGUGAUGACACGGCAGCAGACGAAGAGAGGGGCGUGGAGGCAGAGGACAAGGGAGACGAGGAAGAGGAGGAAGAGGAAACCAGAGAGGACAAAGAGGAGGAGCAGAAGGAGGAGGAAGACAAUGAAGAAGAACAGGAUGAACAUGAGGAGGAACACGCGGAAGCAGAUGCAGAUGCAGAUGCAGAUGCAGAAGAGGAAGCGGAGGAGGACAACAGCGCAGCCAUUGCCUCUCUGCAGGAGAGGAGGGCUGAGCUGCAGGAGCAGGUGGCCGCGCUGGAUGGCCAGGUUGAGGACGCAAUUGCGCGCGAAGAGUUUGAUGAGGCAGAGCAUCUGCACGCGCAACAGGAGCAGUUGCAGAAGGAACUGGAGACUGUGCAAGAAGACCUCGCCAAGCUGCAAGGAGAAUCGCACUCGUAACCAUCCUGUCACUGUCGUUGCCGCCCUAGUGAGAGAGUGGGAGAGAGGGCGCGCGCGCGUGUGUGCAUGUGUGGGUGUGGAGUGUGUAGGUGUGUUCACCUGUGUUCAUCUGUGUUCAUCUGUGUGAACACCCGAGUUUUCGUGCCGUGUGCCGUGUGUUGUGUUGCUGUCGUGUGUUGUGGAAAGAGUAAAGCCUUGGUAGAUUCAGUG